AUGGAUGGAGGGAAUCAUUCGGUUGUGUCUGAGUUUGUGUUUCUGGGACUGACUCAUUCAUGGGAGAUCCAGCUUCUUCUCCUGGUGUUCUCCUCUGUGCUCUAUGUGGCAGCCAUGACGGGAAACAUCCUCAUUGUGUUUUCUGUGACCAUUGAUCCUCACUUACAUUCCCCCAUGUACUUCCUACUGGCCAGUCUCUCUUUCAUUGACUUGGGGGCCUGCUCUGCCACCUCACCCAAGAUGAUUUAUGAUCUUUUCAGAAAACACAAAGUUAUCUCCUUUGGAGGUUGCAUUGCCCAGAUCUUCUUCAUCCACGUCAUUGGUGGUGUGGAGAUGGUGCUGCUCAUUGCCAUGGCCUUUGACAGAUAUGUUGCCAUUUGUAAGCCUCUGCACUACUUGACCAUCAUGAGUCCACGGAUGUGCAUUUUGUUUCUGGUUGCUGCUUGGGCCCUUGGCAUAAUACACUCACUGUUCCAACUAGCAUUUAUUGUUAAUUUACCCUUCUGUGGUCCUAAUGUAUUAGACAGCUUUUACUGUGACCUCCCUCGUCUCCUCAGACUGGCUUGUACAGAUACCUACAGAUUGCAGUUCAUGGUCACUGUCAACAGUGGAUUUAUCUGUGUUGGUUCUUUCUCUAUACUCCUCAUCUCCUACAUCUUCAUCCUUUUUACUGUUUGGAAACAUUCCUCAGGCAGUUCGUCCAAAGCUCUUUCUACGCUGUCAGCUCACAUCACUGUGGUCCUUUUGUUCUUUGGUCCAACCAUGUUUGUCUAUACAUGGCCACAUCCCAAGUCACAACUGGACAAAUUUCUUGCUAUUUUUGAUGCAGUUCUCACUCCUUUUCUGAAUCCAGUCAUCUACACAUUCAGGAAUAAGGACAUGAAGGCAGCAAUGAAGAGAGUAUGCAGACAGCUAGUGAUUUACAGGAAGAUCUCAUAG